AAUCUCCGCAAAAGACUCACAGCACAACCUCAUCCUACGGUUCACAUGUUUCCAAAAAGAUCCCACGGUGCAAAUCCACUCCAGCCUUCCAUAUAUCGCAAUGGUCGCUCCUCCUAAACCCUCAUCGAUCAAGACCUUCUAGGGUUUUAGCCUCGUCACAUCGAUAGCAAGGUUACAACAAUGGCAUUCUUUAGUAAAGCUGGGAAUAUACUAAGGCAGACAGUGACAAAGCACAUCAACCAGGAAAUAUCUGCAUCCAAUCCAUCAGUCUUUCAAAUCAUUAGAUGCAUGUCAUCUUCAAAGAUAUUCAUCGGAGGACUAUCUUAUUCCACAGAUGACACAAGUCUGACAGAAGCUUUCAAUAAGUAUGGAGAAGUUAUUGAUGCUAGAGUCAUUAUAGAUCGUGAAAGUGGGAGAUCCAGAGGUUUUGGCUUUGUCACGUACGCUAACCCUGAGGAUGCUUCCGCUGCUAUCCAGGCCUUGGAUGGGCAGGAUCUUCAUGGCCGUAUGGUAAGGGUGAACUAUGCAAAUGAGAGGACACGAGCGCCUGCUUAUGGGGGUGGUGGAGGUUAUGGUAGUGGCAACUAUGGUGGCGGUUAUGGUGGUGGAAAUUAUGGAAGUGGUGGUGGUGAUAGCUAUGGAGGUGGUAGUGGUGGCAAUUAUGGCAGUAACUAUCGUGGCAAUAGUUAUGGAACUGGGGGCAGUGUCGGAGACAACUAUGCUGGUGGUGGUAGUGGUGGGAAUUAUGGUAGUAGUUAUGGUGGCAAUAAUUAUGGAACCGGGAGUGGCGUUGGAGACAACAAUGCUGGUGGUGGCAGCAGCUAUGCGAGUGGAAACAGUUAUGGCAGUGGGAGCAGUGUCAGUUAUGAUGGUGACGGCCAGAAUUUUGGUGUUGCAGGUGGUGUUGGUGGCAGUGAUAAUUCUGUCAAUGGUGUUUCUGGUGGUGCCAACAGUUUUGAUAGCAGCGAGUACAAUGGAAAUACAGGGUCGGAGUACAGCAGGGGGAAUCAAUUUGGUAGCAACGGAAGCAGCAACAUGGCUGAUGGUGGUGGGGAUUAUAGCCCAGAUGUUCCAUUAGAAGGGAGUUACAGGGAUGAUGAUGAUGUUCAGGUUGAAGACAUAGCUGACAGAAGAGCGUGAAAGGUUUCCCGGGAAACUUUUCAAGUAAUACAAAGGAUUAAUUGAGGAAAUGACUGAAAUUUCUGUGUGUUCUACAAGUUGAAUUUUUACUUGCUAUUGUCCUUUGCCUGCACUUCUUUAUCCAAACUAUUUAUUUCCUUGUUCUUGAAUCUGGCUCUGUAGACUCCACUUUGAUUAAUUUUAAAGUCUAGUAUUUUCUCAAGGCAAGCAUUUGUGCUGUAUGUCGUUUGCUUAUUCUAAGCUAAUUGUAAUU